AUUUCUUAAAAGGAUCAGUGGAAUCUCUUUUUGCUCCACCUUCAAGUAUUAUAUAGGAGAAGAAAGAAAGUUUGAAUUAUUGGAAUGAGUGAUCUUAUUAAAUAAGUGAAUCAUAACAGAGUCGAUCCUUUCAGUAGACUAUUGCGGAGAUUAGGUGGCCUGUCAAGAAAAUCAUGGCCCAGAUGAGCCCCACCAUUUCACUGCAGUCCAAUUCAAGUUUCCACCCAUUAUUUGACUUAUUAUGGCGGACAUUGCAUAUAUCAGUCAUUAGAUUUCUCAAGUAAGAAGUGCUAGUACAGAUAUAUGACAAUGUCCCCUGGAUUUACUUUCAGAGAGAUACAGGAAUUUCGUAUAUAAACACACACAGAGUGUUGGGUUUCUGACAUAGCAAGCAAACAUUCUACUGAAUUCUUUGAAAUGAAGAAAGAAGUGAUGAUCAGGGCGGGUGGACUUGGGUUGAAGGUUUUCUGCAUUGUUUGCAUAGCCAUUGUUUCUUCUGUAUCUGCUACAACUUCUUCUGAAUUGAAGUAUAAUGAUGUGGGCAUAAAUGGAUUCAGAGCAGAACUGGUGCAUAUUGAUUCUCCUCUCUUCUCUACGCACAACCUCACUUGGACUAAAUGGCUGGAACGGGCAGUGGAAAGAAGCAAGCAGAGGCUGCAGAGCUUCAAUGCAGGACGCAUUGGAAAGACCAAGGCAACAGAUUUGGGAGCGGCUGUGAACAAAGGCAAAGGGGAAUUUGUGAUGAAACUGGCAAUUGGCACGCCGGGGGUAGCAAUGGCGGGGAUUGUGGACACUGGAAGCGAUUUGACAUGGACCCAAUGCAAGCCCUGUACCGAUUGCUUUGCGCAGUCCACUCCCAUUUUCGACCCUGCUCUGUCCUCCUCUUACAAAAAGCUCCCCUGUUCUCACGCCCUCUGCUCCAUCCAAGCUCUUCCCGAAUUCUCCUGCAAAUCCAUCGGCUGUGAGUACACUUACACCUAUGGCGAUUUCUCCAUCACUGUGGGAAUCCUUUCCUCUGAAACCUUCACUUUUUCUUUGCCCAAAUCAGAAGCCAAGCCUUCGCAAGCGCAAGUUCUGUUUGGGUGCGGCCAUGACAAUGAAGGGAGCGGAUUCGACCAAGCAAGCGGAAUUGUAGGAUUGGGACGGGGCCCCCUUUCCUUAAUCACCCAGCUUGGCCCAUCCCUCGACCAUAAAUUUUCCUACUGUCUCACCGAUUCCCCUUCCAAAUCCAGCACCAUUUUCUUUGGCCAGGCGGCCGCAUUGAAAGAUCGGGAUUUUAGGUCCACUCCAUUUCUAGUGAACCACACGGGGCAAUCGAGCUAUUACUAUCUUCCGUUGCAGGGGAUCAGCGUAGGGAACAAAUUGCUGAGUAUUCCCAAUGGGGCUUUUGAUAUUCAGUCAGAUGGAACAGGCGGAUUCAUCAUAGACUCUGGAACAACUAUCACAUAUCUGCCCUCGGUUGCCUAUGGGGCUCUGAGAAAGGAGUUGGUUUCUUUAAUCAAGCUCCCCACCGCCGAUGGAUCCCAAAUUGGGCUCGAUCUCUGCUAUAAAAUUUCCAUGGGUAAUACUUCUGUCACCAAAUUUCCCAGCUUGAGUUUCCAUUUCAAAGGGGCGGAUUUUGUUCUGCCUCCUAAGAAUUACAUGAUUUUUGCUGAUAGGAGUGGUAAAUUGUUAUGUCUUGCAAUGAUGGGCUCCGAUGAUGGGGUUUCCAUCUUUGGGAAUGUGCAGCAGCAGAACUACCAAAUUCUUUACGAUUUGGGUAAAAAUAUGCUCUCCUUCUCGCCUGCGCUCUGUGAAACUAUAUGAAUAUGAAUCUUGUGCAUGGAUAACAUAGUUUGGGCAGAUGAUGGACAGAUUAUAACAAUCUGUCAUUGGAAAACACCAUUGUAUAGUAUCUAGAGGAGACUGAUUGUAAAGAAAUGAAAUCCACAGCAUCUAGAAUUUGUUUACACACUUCUUUGCUGCAUCUUAACAUCUAUCGAAAUGUAAGCCUGUCACAACAGUGAUUUGUUUUGUUGGUGGGUUUUAAGUUGA